GUGUUUCCAACCUCCAACCUAUAGCGUGUCUGCGAUCUCAUUACUGAUGAGUGUUUGUUUCUCCGUUGCUGCUACACCGUAUUGCCUCUCUGUCCAAACCCAAAAAAAAAAAAAAAAAAAAAAAAAAAAAAAAAAAAACCAAUACCCACCACCAUCCUCUCUCUCUCUCUCUUUCUUCGUAAUGUUUUAGUGUUUUUCUUCUGCGCUUCUUCGCCCUGCGAAAACUUCCCGAUUUCUGAUUGGUUUUUGUGUUUUUGAGGAUUAAUUCUUGCAAUUUUUUUUUUCCAUUGCUGAAUUUUGAGCUGAGAGGUGAAAUUGAGGAAUCGAGGGAUUUAGGAUUUUUUUUUUUUUUUUUGGCAACAUAUAUGAUUGGAUUGGCGAGUUCGGGGUCGGGGUUGGGUUCGGGGUGGGGGUCGGGGGUGUGUGUGUGGUGAAUGAUGGAUAUGGAGGUAGUACGGGAUGUGGUUUUCUUGGACCCGGAAAUGUUGCAGCUUCCGGAGGUGUCGCCGUCCGUAAUGAAGUCAAAUCCUUCCGUUGCCGAUGACUUGUUCGCUCAGUGGCUUUCGCUUCCUGACACUGUCCGAUUGGUGAAGUCUUUGCUUGCUGAUGCAAAGGUGGGGACUUCUCUGAAUGCCCUUGGUAACUAUACCAGUGUUAGUGCUGCUUCCAACAAUUCAUUACCUUCCAUGUUUCCUGGUAGCAGCACACCUCCACUAUCACCACGUAGUGUAUCUAGUUCUCCACGUGUCAUGGAACAGAGGGUCAACCCCUUUUCAGCUUCUCUGAAAUUGGUUAGUGAGCCAGUACAAGAAGUGAUACCUCAGUUCUACUUCAAAAAUGGUCGUCCACCCCCAAAUGAAAUGAAAGAGCACUGUUUCUUUAAAAUUGAUCAGCACUUCCAUGGUCACUUCAAUGGAUUGCAAAUACAUGAAUUUAAGUCGGUCGCAAAGGAUAUAUGUGAAUUACCAUCAUUUUUAUCCACUGCUCUUUUCAGAAAGAUUGAUGUUAUUGGAACUGGUAUUGUAACCAGGGAUCAGUUCAUUGAUUAUUGGAUUAAAAGCAACAUGUUGACAAUGGACUUAGCAACACAAAUAUAUACAAUUCUAAAACAACCAGGUCACGAGUACCUUACUCAGGAUGAUUUUAGACCUGUACUAGAUGAACUUUUGUCAACUCAUCCAGGAUUGGUGUUUUUGCAAGGCACGCCGGAGUUUCAGGAAAGAUAUGCUGAAACAGUCAUAUACAGAAUAUUUUACUACAUUAAUAGGUCAGGAAAUGGUCGUCUCACCCUCAGGGAAUUGAAGCAUGGGAACCUAAUUGCUGCAAUGCAGCUUGUUGAUGAGGAGGAAGAUAUUAACAAAGUUUUAAGGUACUUUUCUUACGAACACUUCUAUGUAAUGUACUGCAAAUUUUGGGAGCUUGACACUGAUCAUGAUUUUUUGAUUGACAAAGAGAAUCUUAGUAGAUAUGGUAACCAUGCUCUAACCUACCGGAUUGUUGAUAGAAUAUUUUCUCAGGUUCCAAGGAAAUUUACUAGCAGGGUUGAGGGGAAGAUGGGUUAUGAAGAUUUUGUUUACUUCCUACUUGCCGAGGAGGAUAAAUCAGCAGAACCUAGUCUAGAGUACUGGUUCAAAUGCAUUGAUUUGGAUGAAAAUGGAGUGCUGACACAACAUGAAAUGCAAUUCUUUUAUGCGGAGCAGAUACAUCGGUUGAAAUGCAUGGCCCAAGAGCCAAUUCUCUUUGAGGAUAUUUUGUGUCAGAUUUUUGACAUGAUUGGAGUUAAGGAUGACAGCUACAUCACACUACGCGAUCUUAAAGGCAGCAAACUUGCAGGGCAUGUUUUUAACAUACUUUUCAAUCUCAAAAAGUUUGUUGCUUUUGAAAGUCGUCAUCCAUUUAUUAUUCGUCAGGAACGCGAGGAUCCAACUUUGACAGAAUGGGAUCGUUUUGCACAUAGAGAAUAUAUUAGGCUUUCGAUGGAGGAAACUUGUGAAAUGUCAAAUGGAGGUGAGGAUGUCUGGGAUGAGCCACUUGAGACAUCUUUCUGAAGGAUUUCUGAGCUUUCGAUGGAAGAAACAAGUGAAAUGUCACAUGGAAGUGAGGAUGUUGGGGAUGAGCCACUUGAGACAUCUUUCUGAAGGAUAUCUGUAUGAGUGGCUGCCACUGGUGGCAGUACAAAAGCUUAAAAAAGUUUUCUUCAAUGGCUGCGUGUUUUCCUGUCAUUUCGUCACUUGUGAAGGCGAAUUUUGAGAUUCUGUAAAUUUUAUUGUUAUCCAUGAAUUUUGUAUUAUAUGUCAUAGUUGUACUGUAAAGGAAUAUUUUUUGGUGGUGUGAUAUAGGCGUACGAACAAUAGAAUACAAAAUGAAGAAACUACAAUUCCUGCUAA